GUUGUUUAUUUUCAUCGAUUCCUUUUUCUAACAAAAUUUUUAGUCUUAUUAAAAUGAAUAGCUUUAUUAAACAAUGCAAAAAAUCUUUAAAACUUCCCCGCAUUGUUGUUAUCGGCAAUGAAAGUUGUGAUCUAGAUUCCGCUGUUUGUAGCAUUUCGCUUGCCUUCCAUCUGUCCAGAACCCCCGGUACUUUCCUAAAGACGGUCAAUGGUGCGGAUUGCGUGGUGCCGGUAUUGAAUGUGUCGCGAGAGGAAUUGCCUCUGAAAACCGAAGUCGUAUACUACCUUCAUGAAAACCGUUUCGAUCUGAGUGAUUUGAUAUGCAAAGACGAAAUCAAUCUACCGGAAGUGGUGGACGAUACGUCCUACGUGCUGGUGGAUCAUCACAUUUCCAAGUACCGAUCGAAUGUCGUUGGUGUGAUCGAUCACAGGCCCUUUGAUACGAGUUCCUUGCUGAAUGCCGACAUAUUCAAGUAUAUUGAUCAAGUUGGUUCGUGUGCUAGUCUGAUUACUAAACUUAUACAAGACUCCGGUGCACUACAGGAGAAAUCGAAUGACAAUACCGAGCUGAUGAAUUUUCUCUACGGCCCAAUUGUUUUAGAUACGGUUAACUUCUCAAAAGAAGCCGACAAAGCCCGUGAAUUAGAUCACCAGAUGGCUAAGACCAUCGAACAGUAUUUGAAUAUCAAAAACAGCUCUGAGAUUCGUCAAAUUCUUUUCGAUAAUCUAGUUGCCAAACGUAGCGACGUAUCAUGCCUUGAUUCUUUGCAAAUGUUGUCCAAGGAUUUGAAAAUUGUAUCUCGAAACGGUCGGGUUGUGGCCAUACCCGGAUAUCCUAUUCUGGUACAGGAUUACAUUAAACUAGAAAAUGCGGCUACCAACUUGCAACUGUUUGCUCAGAAGACUGGUUCGAACGUAAUUGUUCUUAUGGGUAUGACGGUAAACUCUGAGAAUGGUAGCGUGAGAAGGGAUUUGGGUAUAAUUAACAUAAAUGAUCCCAACCUACAGGAACAGAUUAUUACUGCUGUGAAUUCCAGUACGGUGCCCGACUUUAGUUUGAAUAAGCAUGACGACAGUAAUUUUCUCGAUGGACACUUCUUUGAGCAACGGAAUAUAAAAGCUUCUAGGAAGCAACUUCUGCCGCUGAUCAAUGAUGUGUUAGAUAAUAAAUGUUAAAUUCUGAUUUUGCAUACAUUUUUCGUAGCUUGAGU